UGUUUUCGUGUUUAGUUUCACGAGUGCUGAAAACAUUUUGUGCAUCUGAAAAUUGGUUUUCGUGGCAAAUAUUCGUUGUAUCGGUCGAUAGCAAGUGCCUUUUUGCUGUCCGGAAUACCAGUACUCUCCUUACGUCACGAUGGCUGAUCCGCUGAGCUUGUUGCGGCAGUACAACAUCAACAAGAAGGAGAUCAUCGAACGCGAUGGCCAGAUCAUAUUUGGCGAGUUUUCCUGGCCGAAAAAUGUAAAAACAAAUUAUCUAAAAUAUGGAUCUGGCAAAAAGGGAGCUCCCAAAGAGUACUACACACUGGAAUGUUUGCUCUACAUUUUGAAAAAUGUGGCUCUUCAGCACUCGGUUUACGUUCGCCAAGCAGCAGCUGAGGAUAUUCCUGCAGUCAACCGGCCGGAUCGUAAGGAGCUGCUGCAGUACCUCAAUGGCGAAACAAAUACAUGCGCCAGUAUUGACAAAAGCGCUCCGCUCGAGAUUCCGACACAGAUCAAAAGACCAGCUGAAUCCGAUACAUUGGACAAUCUCGCCAAGAAAGCCCGUUACGAGGAUACCCAAGUACAGAAGGUGAAGGAACAGCUGGCAGCUAGGCUCGAUGUCAAUAAAAAAGAAGCUUCCGUCAACAUUGACAACAUCAAGUCCCUCUCGGAGACUAUGUCCGUGGAGAAAAUUGCGGCCAUCAAAGCGAAACGCUUAGCCAACAAAAAGGUUACGAUCAAACGGACGGAUAACGAUGAUACUAUGGGAGUUGGGCCGGAUUUGAGAGCUAUUCUUGAUUUUGAUGUAGAUUCCACAAAAGAUAUUAUAAGUAGGGAGCGUCAGUGGCGCACUCGAACGACUAUCUUGCAGAGUAAUGGGAAAAUCUUUGCCAAGAACAUUUUAGCCAUUCUUCAGGGUAUCAAAAAUCGCGAAGAAGGUCGAGGUCGACCUCAGGCACCGGCCAUAAAACUACCGGAGCCUCCGCGCGUGAUUCGUCCCCAGCCACAACCGGCGCAGUACAACCGUUACGAUCAAGAACGAUUCAAUCGCCAAAAAGAGGAAACGGAAGGUUUCAAGAUCGAUACCAUGGGUACCUAUCACGGUAUGUCCCUAAAAUCAGUAACGGAUGGUUCAGCAGCGCAGAAAAAAGCUCAACAGCAGAAUAACAAUAAUCCAAUGUCGGCGAAUCUUCCACCUGGUAGGCCCAAAGAUCUGCUUCCAAGCGCUCAGGCUCGUAUGGCACCCCAAAACAGUAGCAACAACAAGCGUCAAAGCAAAACACCCAUCAUUAUCAUCCCGGCGGCCACGACCAGUCUAAUAACAAUGUAUAACGCCAGGGAUAUUCUUCAGGAUCUGAAAUUUGUUACUACCGAAGAAAAAAAGAGCAAGGGCUGUGCACGAGAGAACGAGGUUCUGAUUCAGCGUCAAAAAUCGGCAGGCUUGACAGUUCCCUAUCGCGUUAUCGACAAUCCGACGAAACUUACCGCCCAAGAUUGGAACCGAGUGGUGGGGGUAUUUGUGAUGGGUCCCGCCUGGCAGUUCAAAGGUUGGCCCUGGGACGGAAAUCCGGUUGAAAUUUUCUCGAAAGUGGCCGCUUUCCAUUUGCGUUACGACGAGAUGAAAUUAGAUGCCAAUGUUGCACGUUGGGCUGUAACGGUGCUGAACGUAUCACGCACCAAACGACAUCUGGACAAGGCAUCCAUUAUGGUGUUCUGGGAAAAGUUGGAUCUGUACAUGACCAAGUACAAGCCUGAUCUUCGUUUCUAGAGUUAGCCAGUCCAUCAAUUUUUUUCUGCUAACCCAGCAUAGAUUCAUUUGUGGAAAAUUUAGAUUUUAAUUGCAAUUCUAUAAUUUAGCCAAUAGUCCCUAACAAAACAGAUUCACAAUGAUUUGCUACAAUAUAUCAAACUAGUUAUGGAAACCCCCAGACUCUGCAUUCACGUCACAAAGCUCCAGUAACUAUGAGCGCGACACUUUCAGUUGGAUUUCUUAUGCAAUAAGAAAUAAUAGAUAGCAUCGACAAAGCAUGGAUCGUUGUCAUUUCGCAUUAAGAAUGUUUAAAUACCUAGAGUCAAUAAAAAUUUCAUUAGACAACUCA